AUGGCGAUCAAGCACAACCAACAGAUCCCGCACAACCAUUUCCGAAAGGAUUGGCAACGACGAGUCCGAGUUCACUUCGACCAGCCCGGCCGAAAGCUCAGACGCCGCAAUGCUCGACUCUCGAAGGCCGCAGCUGUUGCCCCCCGCCCAGUCGACAAGUUGAGACCGAUUGUCCGAUGCCCAACCAUUAAGUACAAUCGUCGUGUUAGAGCUGGACGUGGUUUCACCAUCGCCGAGUUGAAGGAAGCUGGUAUCGCUCGCAAGCUCGCACCCACGAUCGGUAUCUCCGUGGACCCCCGCCGCCAAAAUCUCUCUACCGAAUCCCUCGCCGUCAACGUUGAGCGCCUGAAGGCCUACCAGGCCCGCCUCAUCCUCUUCCCUCGCAAGCUGGGUCAACACAAGAAGGGCGAUGCUUCGAAGGAGGAUGUCUCAGCCGUCAAGAACACCGUUUCCAGCGUCAAGCGUGGCCUGCCAAUCGUCAACACUGCUGCUGGUGUUUCCGAGAUCAAGGCGAGCGCCAAGCCAUCACCGAUUGAGGGUGGUGCCUACAGAAAGUUGAGAGACGCAAGAAGCGAGCACAGAUUCCAAGGCCAGCGUGAUAAGCGGGCGAAGGAGAAGGCCGACGAGGCUGCUGCUGCUAAGAAGUAA